UCUAGAUUGUUUUGAGAAAUGAGUUGAGUUUAAUGCUUUGCUAGCCAACAGUUAGCCUCCAGUCUCAAAGUACUUUCUGCGAAAGACAGUCUCCAAAAUGCAGAGGCUAGAGGACGGCCACGGAAGGGAUUUAAGGUCCAGUUGUUGAAUGUGUUGACUGGUACCUUAUCAUACAGGCAACUGUUAGGACAGGAUGCCAGAGAUGACUGAAACUCAGACACCUGGUCGGAAACCCAAAAAGAAGAAAAACAAAGAAUCUCACAAUGCAGUUGAGAGACACAGAAAAGAGAAGAUUAAUGCUGGGAUUAACCGCAUUGGUAAUCUUCUGCCCUGUUCCCAGGCACUUAAACAGAGUAAGAACAUGAUCUUGGACCAGGCUUUUCGCUACAUCAGUGAACUGAAGAAACAAAAUGAUACAUUACUUCUGGAAGGAGGGGAGAAGGUCCAAGCGGAGGAGAUCCGUCGGCUGCGGCGUCAGAUGGAGGAGCUACGGAGGGAAAGCGCUCACUACAUCGAGCUCCUCAAAGCCCACGAUAUUAACAUUCUAGAAGACCCCACAAUUCACUGGAAGGGCAAACAGCGUUCCGCCAAGGUGGCAACGGUAACCCCCACUCACCAACUCCCGAAGGGGAUCAUUGUCUAUUCCAAUGGUAAUGUGAAGGAGACUAGCCCAGCGAAACAGCCUUCUGAUACAAUAAUUCUUCAGCCACCUUCUGAGGUCAGUGCUAGGUUGAGGGUUAAUGGAGCCCUGCUACAAGUUAAUACCUCUUCUUCCACCCCUGCACUGCUCCCUGGGUCGACCGCCACACCCAUCCAGUCUACACCAGGCCUGAGAAUGAUAGAGCAGUGUGUGGUCAAGACACCGGUUGCAGUCCCCAAUCUGCCACCCUCUGUGUCUUACAUCACGCUCCAGAUCCCUGCAGCCACCACAGCCCUGCCCCUACAACCGCAGCCUGCCGCCCCAUCCACGACCUUCACCAUAGCAGCCACUUCAGUCCCACAGCUCCCCACUGCAAUUCCUGCUCAGCCCGUGUCCAAUCUCACCAUGCUUACCCAGGCUGUAACCACAUCCAGAGCAGCAGCCUCAGAGGUGUGCUCUUGGGUCACACAGGACACUGCCAUGAGGCCUGUAAGUUACACUGCUAUCCCCAACAGCCAAGCCCUUCUUAGGGCUGGGGCGGCAGGCAGCACACAGACUACCUGGACAACGCUGCAGAUGGCAGGGAACACGGUGCAGCCAGUCUGCCAGGGUCUCCCCACCCAAGAGGUCAUCAACACCACCCAGGCUGUCCAGCAAGUGACUGUGUGUCCAAUCGGCAACAAAACUUCUGUUCAGCCCAUUCAAAUACAGAUGCAACCCCACGUGCCUGUACAGCAAGCACCCAUUACAGCCCACAUUCAAGCGCAGCCCUUUCAGAGACCACCCCAGCUACGACAAGCAAUCCUGAAUCAGGCACAACCUCAGCCUGUUCUAGCCCCCCAACCACAGUGUGCUGUCCUCUCCACGUCAGCCAUAGUACCCCAGCCAUGUGUGGUGACCCACCCUGCCGUUGUGCCGUCGCAGCCCCAGCCUGCUGUACUUCAACCAGCGUCAUUGGUUCCCCAUCAUUCGACAGCCCUUAUACCUCAGCCAGCCCUGGUCCCCCAUCCACAAGCCACUGUGCUGCCCCUCCUUCAGACCAUGCAGGUGCUGCAGGUCAACCCUACUGGAGGGACAGCCUCAGGUGUAACAGCACCACAAAACGCUAACAACCCAAGUGUGGUCAUCCUGCAGCAGGCCAGUUCUUGCCCGACCCAGUCAGUCGUAAGGGAGGAAAUAACCAAUCAGACACCGUGUCAGCAUAUUGUUAUCAUCCAGGCACCCAAUCAGGUUGCACCUGCCUCUCAGAAUCCUCAGGUUGGCAUGGUUCCUGCUGCUGUGCCCACUGCACUACCUGUUGUGUCCACUCAAAUACCCACAACCAGCAGUCCAACGUCUGCCACUUCCUUGCAGAGUGUCGGGGGAAAGCAGCUGGUACACAUUCUCCCACGGCCUAUUCAGCCCCAAAUGAAUCAUCCCCUUCAGGUCACUCAGGCCUCCUCUUCUCCACCGGUUCCUCCAACCCCACAGACUAUCACUGUGAACGGCCAGGUGUUUGCCUUGCAGCCCAUGAAGACUUCUGACAAAUCCAGCUCCCAGGCUGGCCAGAGUACACUCCAGCUGGUCCAGCCCACCACCACUGAGGAACCAACUACUAAUGUGGCCCUCAACAGUUUAGGUGCACUCAGCAGUCUUAAUCAGAGCAUCUCUCAGGGCCUUCCACUGACCAUUUCUAGCCACAACAAUGGUCAGCCUCCAGCUGCUUCAUCAUCAGUAGUCCAGCAGAAGCAGCCUCCGGCUCCAGCGUCCGUCCCUGGAACUGCUCUCGCUCUACCUGUCCGUCAGCUACAGGUACCUUGUUUGACCCCAGUCAAAUCAGGGCUGGUGGUUAAUGCCUCUAAGACGCCAGCUAAGAGGCUUCGCACAAAUACAAAGAGGGCAACAGCUAAAAGGACUAAACCAGCGAAGAAAAAAGAACCCAGUCAGGCACCGCCUGCUGUUGCUGUUUCAGCCAAGACAGUAGUUGCUGCAGGAGAAAGUCAGACAGUUCAAGUUUCAGUAUCUCAAAUUUUGCAGACUGCAAAAGUCACAGACAUUCCCCCCACUUGUACCACAGCUGUCACAACUACAGAUUGUAGUGAAGCUGUUGGGAAUAUCACCUCGACACAAAACACUCAGAUAAUGAUUGUAUCUAGUUCUGAGUCAACUGUAUUUAGUCCACAGAGCAAAACCUCUGUCGGAGCAAGUCAGACUGACGUUGUAUUUAGUCAUACUAACACUAGUGGUAUGGCAACUGCAGUUACAACUGCCACAUUGGUCAAGCCAACAGUUAGUGCAGCUGUUACCAUUGAGAGUAAACCAGCUGUAGUUUCUGUCAACAACUCAACUGUAACCAAACUCUUAGUUUCAGAGGUUAAACAACCGACCACCAGUUCAGCAACUAGCACAAUACAAAAUAAGUUGGCUGCCACCACUGCUGUUUCUAAACAGAGCAAAUCUGCAGUCAGCUCUGCAGGUGCCACUGAGACUGUGUACACUUCCACCACUGUUUCUACUGCAUGUCUGACUCCAGUCUGCACCAGCAGUGCCCCAGCGACUGCACCUGUAUCUUUAAAUCAGUCUACCCAACCAGCUUCAGUAUGUCGUCCCCAGGUAUCUAAUACCCAAGGUUCUCUGCCCUGUACUAAACCUCAGCCUCAGCCCACCACCUCACUCUUGGUGUCCACAUCUGUGGCACUCUCAUCACCUGCGGUAACCUUUUCUGCAGCCCACAGCUCUGUUACAGCCCCUACAACAAGCUCAGAGUUUAGAAAAAGGGUCUCUACUAGUCGAGCUCCAACACAUCAGACUGACGUGAAUAUGCCCAUCCCAGCUCUCUGCCACCCCUCUGAAGUCAAACCACCCCAGCCCCCUAGAAGAGACAGGGAGUCUCAGGUAGAGAGACACUCGAUAGUAGCAGAGAAAGAUCAUUUUCUGGCAGCGACUUCUGGCAUUCCAUCUCGAAAGGACUUUUCCCUAUCUCAACAGGUGUACACGAACCUUGACGAUCAAACUAUAGAGCACCCUAUGACAUCUAGCAGACAGACAGAUUCUCCCAUGUCUUCAGGGGCUGGGGGAGGCAGAGGGUUCUCUGUGGCGUCCAUGCUUCCCCAGGGCCACAUUAUUAGUGCGUCAUCUGGCUCAUUUGGAACAUUUACAUUCACCUCUGAGCAGGCAGAAAUGCUGGCAUUGGCCAUGCUAGAACAGGACAGUCCAGGUAGGCGAAGUGGAAGCUGCGCUGGGAACACGGCUCCAUCAAACCCCUCCGCAUCUACAUGGGAGCCUGCAAAACCCCCAGCAGUGUCUAGCAGUAAAGAAAGGGGCUCAACUGGACAGCAGGCAAAAGUGACUAAACCCAUGGAUGCAAUUACGGUUAAACCCGCUGUCCAGGUAUCUGUCAGAGGACAGGCUGGGGAGGGGCCCAAUGGGAGCAGACAUCCACAGAACAUCUCAUACGCCCAGUCUCAGCCUCUUCCCCAGGUCCAGUCUCAGAGCUCAUCUCAGAGCGGCUCCGUGGCUAGCCUCAGCGUCAACAACCUGAUCCGGCCCAGCUCCAGUCAGCAACCUUACCCCGGCUCCCCCAGUCUUGCUGGCCAACAGGGCUCAGUUCCCUCACCUGGAGGGACCUCUGCCCACAUAUCCCAACCCACAAACAACGCCCUCUCACCCUGUUCAGGUGCAGCCCAGCUGAAUGAGUACACCCCCUUAAAGACUGCGUUAAUGAGGGCUCAGGCUGGAGUCGGUGUAGGUGAGCGACAAGUGAAGAUCAUCUCCAAACGGCAGGCCCAGGAGGAGGCGAUGCUAAACACUGUAAAACGGCCCAAGCAUUGCCCUCCAUCAGCUACCACUGUUGGCCAUAUGGACCUGAAAGUGCCAGACCACAGCCAGAUGAUGGUGGGACAGCUUCCCCCAACGUCCUCAGCUGUCAUGACAAGGAUUAAUUCAGAAAGUGGAGGCCCCCUCUUCUCCACAAACUCUUUCAUGAGCCCGGUAGUUCGGCCCAUCGAAGGCCACUGCCCUCCUCAAGGACCCCUUGAGCAGAAUCAGCCAGGAGUGCUUCAUCUGCCUCAGGGCCAUCCACAGCACGCUGUAACCCAGCCUGGCCAGCACCUGGGAGGAAACCUUUACAUGAAGCAGCAGCAGCAAGAGCAACAGAGACACCAUUUGUAUCAUUUGCAACACCACCUGACACAGCCUGACCCCGCACAGCGCCACUCACUACACCAGAGGGUGCUCCAGCAGCAGCAGCAGGAGCAGCAGCAGCAGCAGCAGCAUGUGCAGAAGAAGCGAGGGCUUGUCAGAGGCACUCAAACUGGUUCACCUGCUAGCCUGCAACAGAAGCAGCACCACCUGGAGAAGUCUGGCGUUCAGCAGCACUCACAUCAACAACAACAACAACAACAACAACAACAGACACAGCAUCAGCAGCACACGCAGCAGCAGCAGCAGCAGUCACAGCAGCAUCAACAACAGUCGCACCAACAAUCACAACAGCAUCAACAGCCAUCACAACACCAACAGUCUCAUCCUCAACAACACCAACAGCAAACACAUCAACAGCAGCCACAGGCGCAGCACCAACAACACCAACAACAACAACAACAGCAGCAGCAGCAGCAGCAGCAGCAGCAGCAGCAGUUACAGCAGCAGCAGAGCUCCCACUCCAGACACCAGCAGCACCUACAGCAGCAGAUCCAGCAGCAGCAGCAGCAGCAGCACUUUAGACACCAGGAGAAGAGUUGUGAAGCCCAGGCAGCAGGAUCCAGGGCCCACCACAGCGGCCACCUGGCCCAGCAGGAGCAUCUCAAGCCUGUUCAAGACCAUAACGCUAUGCAGAGGAUGAUGAGCACGAGGACUCUGGAGCAGCAGCUCAUCCCUCCUCCGAUCAACCCCGUGUCCCGGUCAUCUGACCUGGCCUGCGCGCCGUCACGGCAGGAACGCCAUCGUGUUUCCAGCUACUCUGCGGAGGCGCUCAUCGGUAAAAGCUCUACCAGUGGCGAACAGCAACAGCGCAUGGGUCUCCACCUUCAGCCUGGCCGUGGCGCCACACUGGAGCAGCCUGACCUCCGCGGUUACCUGGACACAUCACGAGGGAAGGCCAACAUUGCACACAAUCCACAAAAUCGCCUGCCCACUGACCAUCCAGGAUCCGCUGAUGUUCAGAGGGUCUCAGAGUGUCCGCCGUUCAAGGCUAUGGGAGGAGCCCAUCAGCUCGGAGGAUUUGAGGCUCAGGUAUCUCGUGGGAGUGACAUGGCCCCUAAGUCAUUGCCGUCUUCCCAGAGGGGCCCUCAGGGGCAGCAGCAGGGCGGAUUCAGGAUGGGUGUUGGCCCUCCAGCAGAUGGCAGGAACCGCUACAGUGCAGUUCAUCCGGGCUCACAGGGAGUACAGGUUGGGCUCCCCCGGGAGCAGGAGGUUUGUCAUCAGAGUUUCAUGCAAAGCCUCCUUUCCCCGCACCUGCCUGAGCAGAGCAACCACCAGCGAGCCGUGCAGUGCUGUCCCCCGGUCAGCAUGGAGUACAGCUGUGUGCCUGGAAGCUCUUCAGUAGACAUUCAGGCCAAGGCCUCCAGCCCCAGUGUGCCCCUGACACAAAAGGCCCCAGCUAUGCGGCUUGGAGAGGGCAACAAGGGCCAUAUUUCUCAGGUCAGCAGUAAUAUGCAUGGAGGUGUGCGCACAGGUCUCCCCCACCCUCCAACCCCACACAGCAGCUCUGAGCCAGGCCGCUCCUCUGUCCCCGCCAGACCACCCACUGCUGUCAGCCAGCACUCUCGCCACAUCGGCCGAGAUACUCAGCCCAGCAAGCUGAGACCUGGUGACCGGCCUCGAUCAGGCACUCUGAGACAUAGCAACCCCUUUGAGCCUGAGGGCCACCUGCCUCUGCCCUCAGGAGGAGGGGUGCUGCUGGGCAGACCACAGUCUGGAGGAGAGGCACGACGCAGCACUAUCGUUCGCUUUAUGGCAGAUAGUGCUCAGGUUCCGAGUGACAACAACCUGGUUCCUGACCAACACCUAACACAAAACUUUGGUUUCCCCUUUAUUCCGGAGGGAGGGAUGAAUCCUCCACCUCCCAUCAAUGCCAACUCCACAUUCAUCCCUCCAGUCAGCCAGCCCAACUCCUCCCGUACGCCGUCCCUUCUGCCUGUGGAGCCCCAGAACACUUUACCCUCCUUCUACCCUUCCUAUUCUCCAGCUGCUCACCCCAGCCUUCCCAGCGACGUCACCCUCCAGUAUUUUCCCAACCAAAUGUUUACCAGCCCGAGUGCCGACAAGGGAAGCGCUCCUCAACUCAAUAACCGCUUCGGCUCCAUCCUCUCACCGCCUCGCCCUGUUGGUUUUGGACAGGCCAGCUUCCCCUUGCUUCCAGAUAUGCCCCCUAUGCCCAUUGCCAACUCAUCUGGAAUCACCCCUCACAUAUCCAACUUCAGCCUCACCUCGCUGUUCCCUGAGAUCGCCACGGGCAUGCCCUCUGAUGGUUCGGCCAUGCCAAUGUCUCCCCUGCUGUCUCUCUCCAACACCUCGGCUGCCGACUCUGGCAAGCAGCCCAAUCGCCCUGCCCACAACAUCAGCCACAUUCUGGGCCAUGACGGCAGCUCCGCCGUGUGAGGAGAGGCUCUGCUGCACUUUGAUGAACUGGAGUUCUGAAGUGAAGUUUCAUUUUCAAUUUGAGAUGUUCUUUUUUUAAAUGUUCAACGAGUUCAGAAAGUGGUGCUGAAGCAUCCGGUGAAAUGACACCAUGUCUGUCUUGAGUGUUUACAGGUUCACACUUUUAAUCUCAAAUUACUUCCGUUUGGCAUAUAUGAUGUCAGUUAUAAUUUGUAAUAUUUAAAAAAUCUGACAUGUGGGCCUUUAAAGCUCCUCAAAUUUAGGUUUUAGAACUGGAAUUCAAUGUUUCCUGGUUCAUUAAGAAACCUGCAGUUACCUACCAAUGUAAUUUACUAAUUUAUAUCAGGUUGAAUUGUACAGAAUCUGUUUUUCUCAAGAGCUAUUUUGUAAAUAACAAUGUUUCAUAUCAGAAUUGUUAGAUUAUGUAUGUAUUUGUAAAUACGAAAUUGAUUAAUAAAGUUUAUAAGGAGA